GCCUCCUAUCUUCACACCGGCUGAGCUAUCGUGCGUGCGCCCGCGCCGUUCUGUCGUUCCAAAUUCAAAGUUUAUUAUUUUUUAAACAAUCUGCAGUGUCAGUAUUUUAUGACAUUUAAUUGAAACUUUUUCAUUCAAAUUAAUUCUUUUUCUUGGUAAAGUGUGGCAAGUUAAAAUGCUUGAAACAUAAAAGAUGACUAUGUGACCAUUGAAAGUGCAUUGGAUUAUAUCGAAACUGUUUAUUCUUGAGGAGGAUUGUUCUAUUAUAUGAGUAAAUACGAAUGACAAGCAGAAAUGACAAGAAAAUUUCUUUUUUGCUUCCCGCUGCGGAUGGGGAACGUUGUGUUUGGCUACAUUGUUAUUAUAAUAAGCAUGGCAGUGGUGGCAUUCAACCUUUAUCAACUCGGCUUGGCUAUAAUUUCAAAGGACGAUAAUGAACUAGAGGCAAAGUUCAGUAACUUCGACAAAUUGGAAAAUAUAUUUGGAGAUGAAAAGAAGGACCGUUAACAACUGCCUCGUGACGACGUUCUUCGUGUACAGUUUCUUUCAUUUGUUCUUCACAAUCGGUCUCAUCGUUUUUGAGGCUAUUACUGCAGGAUGGAUUCAACUAGGAUUAAUUCUGUUAUCGGAUUUGCUCCUCAUUAUUUGCUUGAUAAGCGUAAAAUAUUUGAUGGAAGCAAUCAAGAAUGGAAACAUUUACAGCAGGCCGGGAGAAGAGCUUUACAAAUAUUGAUAAUGUGAUUCUGUAUUCUCGAAUGUGUCGAUUUGAUUGUGUAUUUAUAUUUAAGUAGACAUACAAAAACACACUUAACAAAUUAAUUUAUGUGUGUGCAUGGUGCUAAUACGUACAAAGGCUAUCACAAUCAUAAAGGCAUUCCAAGUUCAUCAUCGAUUAUAAGUAAAUUUUGAGAGACGAUAUUAAAUAUUGAUUGUGAACUUUACAUCUAUAUUAUAAACCUAUUUAUUUAUUUUUUAAAUAAGAAUAGCUAAAAAAUUAGCCAAAAGAAUUUAUAAUUGGCAACAAUAUGAAAUUAACAAAAAUUGUCGUUAAAAUAUCGACUAUACAUUUUCAGUUCAGUCUAUCAUCUGUUCAGUUAAAACGUAAGUUAGUGUGGGAACGGUACAGUUCGACUGUCAAUUAAGAUUGAUGAGCUGGAUUACUUAUUGUUGUCUUUAUUCCAAUAUUUAAAAAUUAACUAACUAAGUUAUUCGCAGGGUAACUUGAUUGAGUAUGAGAUAACAGAAAAAUACGACUGUUUUUCUUGUUUUUUAUUUAAUUAAUAAUUAAAUCCUUUUAUUAAAUCUAUUAAUAUUUAC